UUGCGCACAAACGUUGCACAAUAUUUUUUUUAUCGAUUUUGGAGCAUUUUGGCUCUUUGGAGAGCUCCAAAAUGCGCAAGAUGAUGAAGCUGUGGUUUGUGUUGGUGCAUAUUGCCUUGGUUGGUACAAAUAUCUGGGCAACAGCUCAUUAUCAUGAUGAAAUGCCAGAGGAUAAUGAAUUUGCUGAAUUUGAAGAUUUUGAAGAUGAUAGACCAAAAAAGCUAGCCAGUACAGUUGAUCAACAAUCAUCAAAUAAAUUAGAAUUAAAUCAAGUAUCAGAAGAGGAUGAUAUUGAGAUUGAGGAUGAGGUUGAUACUGAGUUUGAUCAUUUUCAAGAUGAUGAAGAAUUUGAGGGACUAGAUGGUCCAACAAAAAAUCCAUCAAAAACAGAUGAACCAUCAACAUUAACAAUAACAAAAGUACCACUUCAUUUACGUGAUAGAUGGGAUUCAUAUUAUCUUGAAAUAUUAAUGAUAAUUGGUCUUGUUGUUUAUUUUAUAAAUUAUAUUAUUGGUAGAUCAAAAAAUAUAAAUAUUGCUGAAAAUUGGCUUAAUGAAAAUCGUCAAAUACUUGAUGAUAAUUUUUCACUUGUUGGUGAUACUGGUAAAGGACUUGAAGAUACAAAUGAUGAUGGUUUUAUAAAAGAAAGUGAAUCACAAUAUUCAGUAUAUUGUUCUGGUAGAGUUGGCUGUGAAUCAAUGUUAAUUGAAUUAAAAUUAAUUAAAAGACAAGAUCUUGUUGCAAUAAUAUCACAAAUAAUUAGACCACAAAAUGAUCGCAAUAUUUUUAGAAAUUUAAAUAUUGGUGUUGCAGCAAUUGACUUACCAUUGCAUAUUUGACCAGCUGGUUUUUUUGUCAUGUCAGAAGUUGCUGAAGCUGCAUCAGCUAUUUUGGAUACUCGUGUUUUACAAAUAUUCAAUAAAUAUCCACAAUUUAUUGACUAUAUUCACAUAAGUGAUCAGUACAGUGGUGUCAAGCAACAAGAAGAUGCUGGUGCAUUAACAAUGCCUGAAGUUAAACGAGUUCUUCUUGUUGGAUUAAACAUAAGUGUCAAAGGAAAAUUAUUAAAUAAUGAUACACAAGAUAAAAUGAAAUCACUUCUUCAAUUUACAUUUUAUAUACUUGAUAAAUUACGAAGAUUUAGAUUAUCAAAAGAAGCCAAAAAUAAAACCGAUAAAAAUCGUUUAAAAGUUGAAGAAACUUUUUUAAAAACAACUCAUGCAGCCCGUGCUGAAGCAGCAGCACAAAAACGUGAAGAUAAAAGACAAGCUGAAAAAGAACGUAUAUUAUUAGAAGAAGAUCCUGAUAAACAACGUAAAUGGGAAGAAAAAGAACAAAAAAGAUUAGCAAAAAAAAGAGCACCAAGAAUGAAACAACUUAAAGUCAAAGCACUUUGAUUUAUCAAAACAAUUCAUUUCUUUUUUUUUAAUUUUUAAUUAUUAUUAUUUCAUUGAAAUUUAUCAUAUACGUAAUAAAAAAAAAAUAAUAACAAUAUCUAGAAAAUUGAUAUUUUUAAUUUACAAAAUUUACCAUUUAAAAUUCAUUUAAUUAUUUCGUACAAAGUACAUUAUAACUGCCAAAAUUUUCAUCAAUUUACAAUUUAAAAAAUAAAAUAUAUAUAUGAAAAUA